AUGUCCGCAGCCACAAUUAUGUUGUUGCGCGCACCACGAGGCUUCGUUGGUCUGCGCACAAUCCACAGCCAGAGAUGCUCGUUAUGGACAUCAUAUGUUCAAGUGUCUAGAACUCCAUGUGCGGUGCAGUCGCCUUUGCCUGUGCGCUUGCAAGUGCCGCGUCGUUGGCAUAGUCAUGGGCCACCACCUUCUACACCGCCAACACAACCCAGCCCACCUGCCGAUGGAUCUCAGCCUGUAGCAACUCAAAAAAGAAGCUCAAAUUGGGAGAUCAUCUCGACGCUUCUCGCGUAUGUGUGGCCAAAAAAUGACAUUGGCACGAAAUCGCGUGUCUUGUUAGCCCUUUCUCUCUUGCUAGCCGGCAAGUUGCUGAAUGUCCAAGUGCCGUUCUUUUUCAAGACCGUUGUAGAUCGGAUGAAUGAACUUUCCUCGCAGUCUCUUGAUUUGGCUAACCCCAACACGGUGUGGGUCGUUGCCGGGGCCUCAAUCUUAGGAUACGGUGCGGCUCGGAUCGGCGCCUACGGCUUUUCCGAGCUACGAAAUGCUGUGUUUGCGAACGUGGCACAACGAUCGAUUCGAAAAAUUGCGAGAAAUGUCUUCACACAUCUGCUUUCUCUCGAUCUCAGCUGGCAUCUUGGACGUCAAACAGGAGGCUUGACGCGGGCAAUAGAUCGCGGCACAAAAGGAAUCUCGUUUUUGCUCUCGUCUAUUGUGUUUCAUAUUGUACCGACAGCGCUGGAAAUCUCACUUGUCUGUGGUAUUCUGGGGGUCAGAUGCGGACCUUCAUUUGCGAGUGUCGCGGGUCUAACUAUGUUGGCUUAUGCAUGGUUUACUAUCCGCACGACCAGCUGGCGGACGCAUUUCCGUCGCGAUGCCAACAUGGCGGAUCAGCGUGGUGCGACCACGUCGCUAGACUCACUACUGAAUUAUGAGUCAGUCAAAUACUUCAACAAUGAACAAUAUGAAAUCAAAAAAUACGACAAAGCGCUGCAAGAUUAUGAAAAAGCCAGUGUUCGUGUCUCAACGAGCUUGGCCGCGCUGAAUUCAGGACAAAAUGCUAUCUUUUCGGCAAGUUUGACGAUUAUGAUGCUCCUUGCGGCACAGGGCAUUGUGAAAGGAACCAUGACUGUCGGUGACUUGGUUAUGGUCAACCAGCUGGUGUUUCAGCUGUCUUUGCCUCUAAACUUCUUGGGAUCUGUAUAUCGCGAGCUUCGUCAGAGUCUUGUGGAUAUGGAAACAAUGUUCAACCUGCAGAAACAGCAGCGUUUGAUCCAAGAUGCACCGAAUGCACCAUCGCUUGCACCGACUCGUGGGGAAAUCCGUUUCGAGAAUGUGACAUUUGGCUAUCAUCCGGACCGACCCAUUCUCUCGAACUGUAGUUUUACAAUUCCUGCUGGCCAAAAGACAGCAUUGGUCGGUCCUUCAGGCUGUGGGAAAUCGACAAUUUUCCGCUUGUUGUUCCGCUUUUUCGAGCCUCAGAGUGGCAAAAUUUACAUUGAUGGCCAAGAUAUCAGCCAACAUACCCUGGACAGUGUGCGCCAUGCUAUUGGCGUUGUGCCUCAAGACACAGCGUUGUUUAAUUCAAGUAUUUGGGACAAUAUAAAGUACGGCAAACUCUCAGCAACUGAUGAUGAAGUGCGGCGUGCGGCCGUACUUGCUCGUGUCGAUAAAGCCGUUGCACAGUUGCCAAGAGGUUUCGAUACAAUUGUUGGUGAGCGGGGACUCAUGAUUUCCGGAGGUGAGAAACAGCGUCUAGCCAUUGCGCGCAUGCUGCUCAAAAAUCCGCGCAUCAUGUUCUUCGACGAGGCCACCUCCGCUUUAGACUCUCAUACGGAGACGGAGCUAAUGCGUAACAUCAACACGCUUUUGCAGACAAUGCACCGCACGUCGGUAUUUAUUGCACAUCGCCUGCGCACGGUGGAAGAUUCUGACCAUAUCAUAGUACUCGAUCAUGGUCAUGUCAUUGAACGUGGAACGCACGAGUCUCUUCUAAGUCAUCACGGCCUUUACCAUGAGCUAUGGCUUGCUCAAAUGGAACGAAUCAGCCAGGAUGGCGAUGAGUCACAGGAUGAAGACACUGAGUCAGUUUCAUCAACUUCAACCCAGUCUAUGUCUUGA